AUGGUCCAGGCCACUCACACCAGUGGAAUGGUAAACCUGACCGAGCAUCCCUCCUGGGUGAUCACAUCACGUGCAGAUCAAGUGUCGGAGGGCAGACAGACGCCGGUGGCGGCUCAGCAGGACUCGUGCCCGCGCAGCGUCCUGAUCGACAACAGUCGUCGGCACCGGACCGCGUUCACGCGGGAGCAGCUGUCCCGCCUGGAGCAGGAGUACGGGAAGGAGAGUUACGUGUCCAGACCCCGGCGGUGUGAACUGGCCACGGCGCUCAACCUCCCGGAGACGACGAUAAAGGUGUGGUUUCAGAACAGGAGGAUGAAGGACAAACGUCAGAGACACUCCUUGCCGUGGCCUCACCCUCUGGUCGACCCUCUGGGUGCACUCUUGUUGGGCCGCGCUUCUCCUUCCACCACCUUGCCGUACCCCUACAUCCCGCCCCACCUUCAUCACCUCCCCCUCCACCACUACUCCCCCCUCGCUCUCGCCUCGCCAGCAUCCCCAGCUCACAGUCCCUACUCUGCUCCCAUGAGGUCCCUGGAUGCAUUCCGCCUUUCCCAGUACCACAGCAGGCCAAGGGGACUUCCACAAGCCACGGCAGCCCUCUACCCCUCCGCCAGCAUCGUGCACCAUCCAGCUUCAUGCCCCUGUCCGCUCUGUCGUCACUGGGGACAAGAACAGAUCCUCAAAGCCAGAGGGGAGGCGCUGGGACUGAGCCAGGCUCGGAGUACCAAGGCCAACAUGGAGCCUGCUGGUGUGGAGUGACG